AUGCCCCGCAAGGCGAUGGAGCACAUCUGCAAGCAGCUGAUGUUCCCGGUGAACUGCGAGGUGCCCGGGCAGGGACGGCGGCAGUUCUAUGUGUCCAUCGUGGCGGGGCAGCUGCUGCAGGGGCCGCUGUUCAUGUCGCUGCUCAAGGGGGAAUAUCUAUCGCCGCGUGAGAAGCAGCAGCACCAGCAGCAGCACCAGCAGCAGCAGCCGCAGCAGCAGGCGCAGGAGGAGGAGGAGCAGCAGCAGCAGCAGCAGCAGCAGCAGCAGCAGCAGCAGCAGCAGCAGCAGCAGCAGCAGCCACAGCAGCAGCAGCCACAGCAGCAGCAGCAGCAGCAACGGCCGCAAGAGCAGCAGCAGCACACAUGA